AUGCUCCUGGCCUCGGCCGUGGUGGUCUGGGAAUGGCUGAACGAGCACGGGCGCUGGAGGCCCUACAGCCCCGCGGUGAGCCACCACAUCGAGGCGGCGGUGCGCGCCGGCCCGCGCGCCGGCGGCAGCGUGGUGCUGGGCCAGGUGGACCGCCGGCUCGCGCCCUACAUCAUCGACCUGCACUCCAUGAACCAGUUUCGCCAGGACACGGGGACCCUCCGGCCAGUCCGGCGCAACUACUACGACCCCGCCUCGGCGCCUGGGAAGGGCGUGGUGUGGGAGUGGGAGAACGACCACGGCUCCUGGACGCCCUACGACAUGGACGUGGGCAUCACCAUCCAACACGCCUUCGAGAAGCAGCGGCCCUGGAUCGACCUGAGCCCCAUCGGCUUCGGCUAUGUCAUUGACUUCGGCACCAUGGGCCAGAUCAACCGGCAGACGCAGCGCCAGCGCCGCGUGCGCCGCCGCCUGGACCUCGUCUACCCGCUGGUCACGGGCGCCGCGAGCCGCGCCACGUCCUGGCCGGCCGCCCCUGGGGCCGCCGCCGCCGCCGCCGCCGCAGGGCCGCGCGCGCCGCCCUGCUCCUGCCCGCAGUGCGUCCUGGUGAGGAGCGUCAAGGCAGCGGCAGCCCCGCCGGCCCCGGCCGCCCACAGGAGCGCCGCCCCGCCCGCGGCCGUCAAGGGGCCGCCGCCGCCCGCAGGCCCCGGGGCCACGCCACCGGACAGCACGGGCGUCAGCCAGGGCCCCGGGAAGCCGGCCCCGUCGUCGCAGGCGAUUCGGAGACAAGCCUCCUGCGUGGUGUCAGGGGUAGCCCCCGCAGGCUGCCCUGCCAGCCCCCCGGGGGCUAACGGCAAGGCCGGCCGGGCGGCCCUGGCCACCUUGAAUCGGACCAGCCUGCAGCGACUGGCCCUCGCCCAGUCCCGGGUGCUGAUCGCGUCUGGGGUGCCCACUGUCCCGGUGAAGAACCUGAGUGGGUCCAGCCCCGUCAACCCUGCGCUGGCAGGAAUCACUGGGAUCCUCAUGAGCGCGGCAGGGCUGCCCGUGUGUCUCACCCGGCCACCAAAGCUGGUCCUUCACCCACCCCCCGUCAGCAAGAGCGAAAUUAAAUCCAUCCCCGGGGUUUCCAACACAAGCCGCAAGACCACCAAGAAGCAAGCCAAGAAAGGGAAAACUCCAGAAGAAGUGUUGAAGAAGUAUCUGCAGAAAGUCCGGCAUCCGCCAGACGAGGACUGCACCAUCUGCAUGGAGCGCCUCACGGCCCCGUCGGGCUACAAGGGCCCCCAGCCGACGGUCAAGCCGGACCUGGUGGGCAAGCUGUCCCGGUGCAGCCACGUCUACCACGUCUACUGCUUGGUGGCCAUGUACAACAACGGCAACAAGGAUGGGAGUUUGCAGUGUCCGACGUGUAAGACCAUUUACGGGGUGAAGACGGGCACCCAGCCUCCGGGGAAAAUGGAGUACCACGUCAUUCCCCACUCCCUGCCUGGGCAUCCAGACUGCAGAACCAUCCGGAUCAUCUACAGCAUCCCCCCCGGCAUUCAGGGGCCAGAACACCCGAAUCCUGGGAAAAGCUUCAGCGCCCGUGGCUUCCCUCGACACUGUUACCUCCCGGACAGCGAGAAAGGGAGAAAGGUCCUGAAGCUGCUGCUCGUGGCCUGGGACCGCCGCCUCAUCUUCGCCAUCGGGACAUCCAGCACCACGGGCGAGUCAGACACCGUCAUCUGGAAUGAGGUCCAUCACAAGACAGAGUUCGGCUCUAACCUCACUGGCCACGGCUACCCGGACGCCAACUACCUGGAUAACGUGCUGGCCGAGCUGGCCGCCCAGGGCAUUUCCGAGGACAGCGCUGCCCAGGAGAAGGACUGA